AUGGAUAUUCAAGACUUCCUGGCUAUGGAGGCCAGCUCCGACCGCGACGACUUGGUCGAUCUUCGCGCCCUUGAUAUCGUGUCCAGCUACGAUUCACACCUAAUGUGUCCGAUCUGCCACUGCCCCUUCGUACAGCCUGUGCGACUACAAUGCGAUCACGUUUUUUGCCAAAAGUGCUUGGGAUCGGCCAUCACCACCUUCCGCUCGGCCGAUUCGGACGAGUUCCCGUGUCCCUCUUGCCGCACCCCCACCACCCGAAUAUCGACCAACGUACCCCGCCUAUUGGUCAACAUGUGCGAUGAGAUUCAAGUACGGUGUCCGUUGGCAGGGGAAGGCUGCAAUGAGAUUGUCCCGCGAGGUCAUGUCCAGUCGCACGUGGAGAAAUACUGCGGUUAUCGGCUUGUAUCGUGUCCGGAUGAAUCGUGCGGAAAAAAGACCCGGAAAAAGGAUCUCCAGCCGGAAGAACGUUGUAUGCAUAGCUAUUGUCGCUGCGAACGCUGCAACGAGGAUGUGAUGGAGCAGGACUUUGCCGAACAUGACAGGGAGCUCUGCCCUAGUCUAGAAGCGACUUGUGAUGAUUGUGGAAAUAUUGUCCCACGACGAUCAUUAAAGAAACACGUCGAGACCUGUCCGGACGUUGUGAGCGCCUGCGCGGCAUCUCAGUAUGGCUGCUCGGUCAAGGUCCGACGUGCUGAUAUCGCGAUGCACGAACAGCAGUGCCCGCUGGUCUCAAUAGGACCAUAUCUCGAAGCGCAAAAUACGCGACUCAACUCUCUGGAGUUAACAAUGCGACAUCUCCAACAACGCAAUGAGAUAUUCGAGGACGGAAUGGCCAAGAUUAAAUCCACCCUUGUCGAAUCUUCACGAGUGAGCGGCAGUGAUCGGAACGGUGGGAGAUCCGCCACCAAUGGAGACAGAGACCGACAAUCUCGCAACGAUGCAGACGAAUCUGCAGACCCCGCAAAUUCAUUCUCAUCCCACACGACUCAAUACCUUCUCUCGCUACACGAGUCUCUUCGCGAAGAGGUCACUCAAAUGUCACACGCUCUCACAGACCUCGAUGCUCGUGCCAGCAUGACCAUCAUGAACGAGUGCCUCCGUAUUAAAGAAGACAUGGCCCAUACCAACGCCGCCCUCAACAGCGUGCGCAUGCAGGUACAAUGGCUCAUGAAUCCCCGGCUCCACAACGGGACUCGAGCGAAUGGAAUGCGCACCAGCGCAGCUAGUAACGAAGCCACGCGCACGCAAUUAACAUCCACGUCCGCGCCGGGCCCGAGUGGCGGUGCCGGUGCAUCACUGGGGCCGCUUCGACCUCGACGACCUAGCGAUAGCGGGCGUGAGGGAACUAAGCUGUGA